CAGUCUCUUGGCGGAUGAGUGCUGCGCGUGAUCGGUAGAGAAAAAUCAGCGGUCCGUGAAGGUGCUGAGGAUAUACUAUUUUAAAUGCUUGUUGUUGUUGCUGCUGCCUAUCGUUGUAAAUUUGCGCAGUGAUUUUUGUUUUUAGUUAAAUAGCUCGAAAGAGAGACAACGCGACACAAGACGACGUGAAGAGGAGUGAGAACGCUGAUUUUUCUGCUUUUUUUGUAUUGUAUUGAGAGCCCACCCGCCUGCAGCAUCCAUUUUAGCCCAAGUCCAAACGAGCGUGUUGUGGCGUGUAACUGUAAAAAAAAACCCAAAACCAAAACUGUGCCGUUCCGCCCGCAUCAUCAAGAGAGCAUUUUGCCUCAAUUGCACUAAUUUCUUCAAUCAACACACAAGGCAAAACUAAAACGAGAUUUGUUUUUUUUUUUCAAAAAUAUUUCUUAAACGAGUGAAACUAGCGAAAAUUGUCUGAAAAGUCUAAUCAAAAAUAGCAAUGCCUUAUCAACCAGCUGGUAACAGUGGCUCGGGCGCAGGAAGCAAGGCGGCUGCCAAAAUGUCGCAGUUAAAAUUCUGGAAUAAACAGAAUAAUAAUAAGCAACAACAGCAGCAGCAACAGGAUAAGGAUCAAUCCGGUGAUAGUAGCAGCAUCAUUGCCAAUAGCAAUAGUAAUAACAACAAUGGCAUUAGCAAUGGUGAAAAUGGCAGCAAGGGUGAAUCCAAGAACAAUAAACGCAACUGGUUGCAUACACCCGAACAACUAAUCAACGGUCAUGCGGUCUAUCUAGUCAAGUUCUUUGGUAAUCUGAGUGUUGACCAACCCAAGGGCAUUGAGGUGGUCAAGGAGGCCAUAAGGAAAUUACAAUUUGCCCAGCAAAUGAAAAAAGCUGAAACUGGUACGCAAGAGAAAUUCAAAAAGCUGGAAAUUACCAUUAGCAUCAAGGGUGUGGCCAUACAGGAGCCGCGUACCCAUAAGAUUUUGCAUCAAUUCCCCUUAUACAAUAUCUCGUAUUGUGCGGAUGAGAAGGGUGUCAAGAAAUUCUUUAGUUUUAUAGCCAAAACGGUUAAGACAACAACAGCAACAGAUGGCGAUAAUACAAAUGGUCAUACCAAUGGCAAUGACAAAACAGAAGAGUCUCAUGAAUGUUUUGUCUUUAUAUCCAAUAAAUUGGCAUCUGAUAUCACAUUAACUAUUGGUCAGGCUUUUGAUUUGGCCUAUAGAAAAUUCAUGGAUAGCACGGAGAAAACGAAUCUGAGCAAGGCUCAGCAGCAUAUACAACAUUUGCAGCAAACCAUUGCCAUCUAUAAGGAAAGAUUGCAUGAAUUAUCGGGAAAAUUGCCAAAGGCCGAGCUAGAUGCCAUGCUAUUUAAGCUGAACAUUAAGGAUAUUGCCGAAGAGCCACCAACGAGCCAAAUUCAAAAUGGUCUGGAAGCCACCGAAUCUCUAAGCAAUGGAAAGCUGGAUGAAGACAAGCUAUUGAUUGAUACCAAUUCGACAACGGCUUCGAUUCACUCAACAUCGCCCAGCUCAUUCUUGCCCAUGGUGCCGCCGCGUAAUAAUUUGUCCAGUCAGAUAAGCAUCUCGGGCAGCAGCAGUGGCGGCGGAGGCAGUGGCAGCAAAGGCAAUAGCCAGAAAAUGGAUGAAUUAUUGUUAAAUUCCGAUUCGGAUAGUGAUUUCGAUCCACGAGCCGAUGAGAUUCCAGAUAAUUUGAGUAACGGCGGCGGUCGUAAUACCAUAAGCAAUGAUUUAUUCGGUUUCGAGCCAUCAAAAAGUUUUGGCCAACAGCUCUUUUUCAAUAAUAAUGAUCACAAGCUGCAAAAUAAUAAUACUAGCUUAUUGAGCAACAACAACAAUAAUAUUACUAAUCUAAGCAGCAAUAGCAGUGGAUUCUCCAGCGAAUUGAAUAUAACGCCGCCAUUGUUGGCGCCGCCACCAAAGAUAGCUGCACCCAGACGCAGCACCUCGGUGACCAGCAGCAACGUUACAUCAAGCAAUGGCCUCAAUGGCAAUACAGAUCUAUUUGGCUCCGAUCCGUUUGAGUUGAACAAUGGACCAAGUAUGUUCAAGAGUCAGCAACUAAAUAUUGAUGACUUUUCGCUGGAGAGUCUGGAUCCUCUGCGUAAAUAGAAAAUCCAGGUGCUAAAUCCAAUAAAACCAUUUUCAACUACAAAAACUUUAUAUGCAAACAAACAAAAAAAACAACAAGUCAUAGGCCUCACUUGAUCUGGUUACCUAUCUCUUCUCCAAUUUCGCCAGGCAUUCCCAAGAUUAUAUAUAUAUAUAAAUACUUUUUUUUUUCUUGCUUGAUUAUUUCCCUUAUUUCUUUGCUUUCUUUGGAAAUUUAUUUAAUUUGUGUAUUAUUGUUUAUAUUAUCUAUAUAUGCCGAUAUAUAUAUGCAUACAUAUAUAUAUAUAUAUAUAAAUAAAUAUUAUUGUAUUUAUUAUGAUUGAUUUUGUCGAAUUUUAUAUAUAUGUUUUGCUAAAUAAUUAUUAUCUGAGAGAUCAAAAAUAAGAAAAGGAAACAACACGCACUUUGUUGAAAACUUAUCAAAUUGUUGCUGUAGUUAAAUAGUUUAAAUCAAUGUUUUGUUAAUGCAAGUGAUGAAAGAAAGAAAAAACAAAAAAGCAAACUGAGAACUAAAUGUGAGAGUAAAUAUUUUUUUGUGUAUAAAUUAAUUAAUUAAAAACAAACAAACGAAAAUAUCAUGAUGAUGAUUAUUGUAAAGAAGAACGAAUAUGAAUAUUGUAAUGUACGAAAAAAUAAAAACUUGAGUCGUCAAUAAUGUGUGAGAAGAUGAAGAAACGUCAGCAAAAUGAACAAUUUAUUUAAUGUUAUCGAUUGCAAUAUAGAAAAUUAUUAAUUAUUAUUAUUAUUAUUAUGAUGUAUGUAUGAUUAUUAUUAUUACUAUUAUUAUUGUGUAUGUAAAAGCAGAAAGAAUAAACUGUAGUGCCUAAAAAAAAACAAACAA